AUGGCCCCCAAACUGGGGGAGUUAUCAGAGGAUGAGGUGGAAAUGCUUCCGGGUUCUUCGGGACGAAAGCACCAGGCUGUGUCAACGUGGCUGGUCUAUAGGAACUCUCAUUUAUUUUCCUGGCUGCUUCUCUGUGGUUUAGGACCUGCUGAAGUUCCCAUGAUGUCACCCAAUGGAUCCAUUCCUCCCAUCCAUGUGCCUCCAGGUUAUAUCUCCCAGGUGAUUGAAGACAAUACUGGAGUCCGCCGGGUGGUGGUCACACCGCAGUCUCCUGAGUGUUACCCCCCAAGCUAUCCCUCAGCCAUGUCUCCAACCCACCACCUGCCCCCCUACCUGACUCACCACCCCCAUUUUAUUCAUAACUCACACACGGCUUACUACCCACCUGUUACUGGACCUGGAGAUAUGCCGCCUCAGUUUUUUCCUCAGCACCAUAUUCCCCCUACAAUAUACGGCGAGCAAGAAAUCAUACCGCUCUAUGGAAUGUCAAGCUACAUUACCCGGGAAGACCAGUACAGCAAGCCUCCACACAAAAAACUGAAAGACCGCCAGAUUGACCGCCAGAACCGCCUCAACAGUCCCCCGUCUUCUAUCUACAAAAGCAACUGCACACCCGUGUACAAUGGCUAUGGGAAGGGCCACAGCGCUGGAGGCAGCGGAGGCAGUGGAGGCAGCGGGGGUGGGCCAGGAAUUAAGAAAACGGAGCGGCGGGCCAGGAGCAGUCCAAAGUCGACUGAUUCUGAUUUGCAAGAGUAUGAGUUGGAAGUAAAGAGGGUGCAAGACAUUCUUUCAGGAAUAGAGAAACCACAGGUUUCUAACAUUCAGGCGAGAGCGGUUGUGCUGUCCUGGGCGCCCCCUGUUGGACUUUCAUGUGGGCCCCAUAGCGGUCUUUCUUUCCCCUACAGCUAUGAGGUCGCCUUAUCCGACAAAGGACGGGAUGGAAAGUACAAGAUAAUAUACAGUGGAGAAGAAUUAGAAUGCAACCUGAAAGAUCUCAGACCAGCAACUGAUUAUCAUGUGAGGGUGUACGCCAUGUACAAUUCCGUAAAGGGAUCCUGCUCCGAGCCUGUUAGCUUCACCACCCACAGCUGCGCACCCGAGUGUCCCUUCCCACCUAAGCUGGCACACAGGAGCAAAAGUUCGCUAACCUUGCAGUGGAAGGCACCAAUUGAUAAUGGUUCAAAAAUCACCAACUACCUUUUAGAAUGGGAUGAGGGAAAGAGAAACAGUGGUUUCAGACAGUGCUUCUUUGGGAGUCAGAAGCACUGCAAGUUGACAAAGCUUUGUCCAGCGAUGGGGUACACGUUCAGGCUGGCUGCUCGGAAUGACAUCGGCACCAGCGGUUAUAGCCAAGAGGUGGUAUGUUACACAUUAGGAAACAUUCCUCAGAUGCCCUCUGCGCCAAGACUUGUCCGAGCUGGGGUCACAUGGGUCACAUUGCAGUGGAAUAAACCAGAAGGCUGUUCACCCGAGGAAGCGGUCACCUACACCUUGGAAAUCCAGGAGGAUGAAAACGAUAACCUUUUCCACCCGAAAUACACUGGAGAGGACUUAACCUGUACUGUGAAAAAUCUCAAAAGAAGCACACAGUAUAAAUUCAGGCUCACUGCUUCUAAUGUGGAAGGGAAGAGUUGUCCAAGCGAAGUUCUGGUGUGUACGACAAGUCCUGACAGGCCUGGGCCUCCCACAAGACCCCUCAUUAAAGGACCAGUUACAUCUCAUGGCUUUAGUGUCAAGUGGGAUCCUCCAAAGGACAACGGUGGUUCAGAAAUACUCAAGUACUUGCUGGAGAUUACUGAUGGAAAUUCUGAAGCAAGUCAGUGGGAGGUGGCGUACAGCGGAUCGGCAACGGAAUACACUUUCACCCACUUGAAACCAGGCACUUUGUACAAACUUCGAGCAUGCUGCAUCAGCACCGGUGGACACAGUCAGUGUUCUGAAAGUCUCCCUGCUCGCACACUAAGCGUUGCACCAGGUCAGUGUCGACCACCGAGGGUCUUGGGUCGACCAAAGCACAAAGAAGUCCACUUAGAGUGGGACGUUCCUGCCUCUGAAAGUGGUUGUGAGGUCUCCGAGUACAGCGUGGAGAUGACAGAGCCUGAGGAUGUAGCUUCGGAGGUGUACCAUGGGCCAGAGCUCGAGUGCACCGUCGGCAACCUGCUCCCCGGCACCGUGUAUCGUUUCCGGGUCAGGGCUCUGAAUGACGGAGGGUACGGACCGUAUUCCGAGGUCUCAGAGAUUACCACUGCUGCCGGGCCCCCUGGACAGUGCAAAGCACCUUGUAUUUCUUUUACACCUGACGGAUGUGUCCUCGUGAGUUGGGAGAGUCCUGAGAGCUCUGGUGCCGACAUCUCGGAGUACAGGUUGGAAUGGGGAGAAGAUGAAGAAUCCUUAGAACUCGUUUAUCAUGGGACAGACACCGGCUUUGAGAUAAGGGAUCUGUUGCCCGCUGCACAAUAUUGCUGUAGACUGCAGGCUGUCAAUCAAGCUGGAGCAGGACCAUAUAGUGAGCUUGUCCUCUGCCAGACACCAGCGUCUGCCCCUGACCCUGUCUCCACUCUCUGUGUCCUGGAAGAGGAGACCCUCAAUGCCUACCCUGAUUCACCUUUUGUGUGCCUUGUACUGAACUGGGAAGAGCCGUGCAAUAAUGGAUCUGAAAUCCUUGCUUACAAUAUUGACCUUGGAGACACUAGCAUCACCGUGGCCAAUACCACCACCCACGUUAUAAAAGACCUCCUUCCAGAAACCACCUACCGGAUCAGAAUUCAGGCUGUAAAUGAAAUCGGAGCUGGACCGUUUAGUCAAUUCAUUAGGGCAAAAACUCGGCCAUUACCCCCCUUGCCUCCAAGGCUCGAAUGUGCUGCAGCAGGGCCCCAGAGCCUGAAGCUGAAAUGGGGAGACAGUAACACCAAGGCACACGCAGCCGACGACCUGGUGUACACACUGCAGCUGGAGGACAGAAACAAGAGGUUUAUUUCCAUCUACAGAGGACCCAGCCACACCUAUAAAGUCCAGAGACUGACGGAAUUCACAUGCUACUCCUUCAGAAUCCAGGCAGCGAGCGAGGCUGGGGAAGGGCCCUUCUCAGAAACCUAUACCUUCAGCACAACCAAAUGCGUCCCCCCCACCAUCAAAGCACCUCGAGUAACACAGUUGGAAGGAAAUUCGUGUGAAAUCUUCUGGGAGACGGUACCGCCAAUGAAAGGUGACCCGGUCCACUACAUUCUGCAGGUGUUGGUUGGGAGAGAAUCUGAGUACAAACAGGUAUACAAGGGAGAAGAAGCAACAUUCCAAAUCUCAGGCCUCCAGACUAACACAGACUACCGGUUCCGCGUGUGUGUGUGCCGCCGCUGCGUAGACACUGCUCAGGAGCUCAGCGGAGCUUUCAGCCCCUCUGCGGCUUUUGUAUUGCAACGAAGUGAGGUCAUGCUGCCAGGGGACACGGGGAGCUUAGAUGAUCCCAAAAUGAAGAGCAUGAUGCCUACUGAUGAACAGUUUGCAGCCCUCAUUGUGGUUGGCUUCGCGACUUUGUCCAUUUUAUUUGCCUUUAUAUUACAGUACUUCUUAAUGAAGUAAACAAACCCAACAAAACUAGAGGUAUGAAUUUAAUUAAUGCUACACAUUUUAAUACAUACAUUUAUUCAGAUAUUCCCCUUUUUACGCCCUUCUGUUCUUUGAUUUAUAUACUUGUUUUACAGAUUUAGCUAGGAAAAAAAAAUAUCAGUGUUUUGGUGCACCUUUUUGAAAUGCAAAACUAGGAAGAGAUUAAACUGGAUUUUUUUUUUUUCAAGGAAAAAAAAAGAAGAAGAAAAGCAAACCAGAUACCAAAAGCUAGCUUUCUUAUGUUUUCUUUUAAAUUUUCAGAUUUGCCUUUAUUCUGUUUUCACUGAUGUCUUUUGCAAGCCUUUGAUUUUUUUUUUUUUUCCAUGUUACGGUUUAGUAAUUUAUAUUCACCAGUCACUUCUUUGGUCUUGAUCAUCCGUCUCUGUGAACGUGAAUCACAGUGUGUGUACUUACAGGCCUAGGAUUUCAGUGUCAUCGGAGUCUUACCACACAGCUACAACCGCAACAACAACAUACGGAAGAUGUGUUCACUCAAAUAAGGCUGCCCUAAACAACCAUUUUGUCACUCAGUUAUUUAACUGUUUAGCUCAUUUAAAUCAAAAUGUGUACUUUAAUCUGAAAUGUUUUAAUAAUCUCUGUUUCUUAUGAUUUUUAACACUAUGAGCUGCCUGUCUAAGAAAUCAAGUAACCAAAAUGCACCUAUAAAUUAUGGAACAUUGUAGAUUUUACCCCAUCGAUUCAUAGCCGUAACUUUAAGAGGGCAUUGUGCAAUAGUUAGUUGUUUCCUUGUUCAGCUGUUUUAAAAGCUGCUUUAACUUGUUUGUUUGUCUUUGUGUAUAACUACUUCUAAUCUAAUCACUAGAGUUAUUAUAUUCUGUUAUGUUUGACCAGAGUUAUAUGACGAGAACUGGUGACAGUUUAGUGCCUCUGCCCCUUGUCCAUGAUUUACACUAAUUGUGAGCAGUCUUCUUACACGUCAGCUCAUUGUUUGGAAAGAUUUGCCGUAAGGCUAUUCUUUGAGGUAUCAGUGAAGUGAUUGAAUUUCAGUACCUUAAUUCAGUGCACAUCAUAUUCAUCUAACAGCGGAUAAAAACCUGUUAAAACCCAAAAGAGAGUCAUCUAAACUUGUAGUUCCUAUUUUUGUGGGGUUGACCUGGCCAUGUGUGGAGAGGGAAUGAUAGAUGGUGGUAAACACAGGGUGUUUGGGGUGAAGGAGCCCUAGAUUCUCUCCCUGGAUCUGUCACUAACUUGCUGCGUGACCUGAACACGUCACUUUACCUCUCUGUGCCUCAGUUUCCAGUGCAUUAAAUAAUAAAGAGAAAUAAAAUAAAAUGGG